GUGACGUCUGCAACCCUUUCACUGUUACCUGAUCGCAAUCUAUUUUUCCCAACAGCAAAACUGCAUCCGCUUACCCUCGUCAGUCCUUUCUCAAAUCUCUUUCAGCACUCUUCCACAAAGUAUGAACUGGUUCAAGCAGCAAUUAGCCAACGUGGUUGGCACGGAGGAGCCCGAGUAUGGAUCUACCGCCAUACGGCCAGUAACCAAACAGGCCGAGACGAAGCCCUACUCGGUUCUCAAGAGAAACGACCUACAAUGGAAGGGGUUGGAGCGCACAAACGUCGAAACAGAGACCUUUUACAUGUUCUCAGAGGAUGGUACAACUUCCAUGGCGCAAGUCAUCUACAGUAAUGUCGGCGGCAUUCACACCACUUGUCAAUUCAACAGCAAGAUCUUCGAUUAUGAAGGACCAGGAAAACAUCAGUUCUGCUCAGACCCUUUGAACAACUAUGGUUUUGAUGAAGAGAAGACGGGUUUCUACGCCGAUGAUGUGGCCAUGGAACUAAAUGAGGCGGGUGAUGCGUAUACAAUCAAAUCGGCCCGCAAUGAACAUUGCAUAGUCAACUUGACUGUGACGAGAAUCGCUCCCGGAUUCCAGGUUGGCGAGGAUGGCACAAGCUAUUACGGAACAAACCCCGCCGAACCCUGGGGCGAGCUGCGACAUGCUUUCUGGCCUCGGUGUACAGUCAGCGGCACCAUGCAGACACCAAAGAAAACGUACCAAGUAAAGGGCAGAGCAAUGUACUCAUAUGCUCUCAUGGACAUGAAACCUCACCAUCUCGCCUGCCGAUGGAAUUUCCUCAACCUCCAGACUCCCACCUAUUCGGCCAUCCUGAUGGAGUUCACAACACCUCAAUCAUAUGGAAAGACCGUCGUUUCCGUCGGUGGCAUUGCAAAGGACAACGAAAUUGUCACCGCCGGUGUAUGCCGGGCGAAGCACGUCACCUCGCUUCAGGAAACCGAGACUGACUGGCCGGAACCUAGAGAGGUGUCUUUUGAAUGGUUAGACCAAAAUGGAUCCGUGGUUGGCGAAGUCAAAGGCGAACUUCCCAAGCGGGCUGAUCGAGUUGAGGUGCUCGCCCACUUACCUGCCUUUGUGAAGUCCUUCAUCAAGGGCGCAACAGGAUUGAAGCCACAUAUCUUUCAGUAUUGCUCCAAAGAUGAAGCCACUCUGAAACUCAAGGAUGGCGAAAAGGAAGUGUCUGAACCUGGUCAACUCUUCUGCGAAGCCACCUUCAUAUCCUGAUGAGAUCAACGUACGUGUACAAAAUGCCCUUUCUAGAUACCUGAAUUGGAUGGCUGGAAGACCUACGAUUGGAUAUUUUAGCAGCCUUAAUGUCUAAUGCCUUUACGCCUUCUGA